CAGCUACUAAGGUGUAAUAAGUAAUAACACUCUCGAAUAGGUAAAAGGCAACUCAGCUCGCUGUUCACACGCUCACUCGAUUAUCUGACACUUGAAGCUCCUCUAGCAAAAAAAAAAAAACACUCUUCUACGCAACGACGAAAUUCAUCCCUCGAAAAUGAGGUCUCAGAUUUUCAGAUCUGCAAGAUCUUUUGUUUCAGCUGCUUCAAAGCAAGCGUCUCGAUCAUUUUCAGGAGGUCGAUCUGCAGCUGCAGCUGCUGCAGUUUCAUACCGAGGGAGAGUGACGUCACUAGCUUCGAUUGGUGCAUAUGAAUCAGGAAACUAUGCUGGCUGGAUCUCUAGUGCUCUUGCCCUUCCAGCAGCAGCUUUCAUGCUUCAAGAACAAGAAGGAUAUGCUGCUGAGAUGGAGAGGACUUUUAUUGCCAUCAAGCCAGAUGGAGUGCAAAGAGGAUUGAUUUCAGAAAUUAUUGCCCGGUUUGAAAGAAAAGGUUUUAAGCUUGUGGCAAUCAAGAUUGUGAUCCCUUCAAAGGACUUUGCUGAGAAGCAUUACCAUGACCUCAAGGAAAGACCUUUCUUUAGUGGGUUGUGUGAUUUCCUUAGCUCUGGACCAGUCCUUGCCAUGGUCUGGGAAGGUGAAGGAGUGAUCAAGUAUGGCCGUAAGCUCAUUGGCGCAACAGAUCCACAGAAAUCAGAACCUGGGACCAUUAGAGGAGAUUUAGCUGUUGUGGUUGGAAGAAAUAUAAUUCAUGGAAGUGAUGGUCCUGAGACUGCCAAGGACGAAAUCAACCUAUGGUUCAAACCAGAAGAGUUGGUUAAUUACACACACAAUGCUGAGAAGUGGAUCUAUGGUGUCAACUGACUUACGUAUUAUUCACGUUAUUUGGUUUUUCAUCAUGUUCAAAAAUUCCCUUCUACUAGUUCAUAUUUGAUGAGUUAGUGAAAGCAAAAACAAUCCAAAAUAAUAUGCUUUCUCUAGGCAAGUGAAUUUUACCAGCUGAGCCCAAUACUUCAACUGCUACAAUAAUGUACUGUCAAAUUUCUAUUUUACUAUGCCACUCAACAAACAAUUUUCCUUCUGUUACAGGUCAUUGAACAACUUUUAAGAGUUUUCUUUUUCAUUCUGUUACAGUAUCAUGGUUUGGUUGGUAGAAUUGACCUAUGAGGCCUAUUUAUUUGAUGGUCAAUCAUGCAGUUUCUAGACCUUCCGGUCUGUAACGGAAGUAUGAAACUUCAUUUUUAUUUUAAUGAAAAACAGAAGUUAGCAAAAGGUAUUUUGGUGAAGGAACAUACUCAGAAAUUCAUUCAAGAUAUUAUUUCCA